GAGUGAAGAACCUGUCAGUCUGGGUCAGUGGCAUGAGUUGCGAGUGUCUCGCACAGCGAAGAAUGGUAUCCUGCAAGUGGACAAACAAAAGCCAGUGGAAGGGAUGGCCGAGGGGGCUUUCACCCAGAUUAAGUGCAGCUCUGAAAUUUUUAUUGGCGGAGUCCCUAGUUAUGAUGAUGUGAAGAAGAACUCUGGGAUCCUCAGGCCUUUCAGUGGGAGCAUCCAGAAGAUUAUCUUGAAUGAUCGAACAAUCGAUGUGAAACAUGAUUUCACUUUUGGAGUCAACCUAGAAAAUGCUGCCCACCCUUGCGUGAGCUCACCAUGUGCAAAUGGAGGCACCUGCGUUCCCAAGAAGGACAGCUAUGAAUGUGAUUGUCCCCUGGGCUUUGAUGGGCAACAUUGCCAAAAAGCCAUUACAGAAGCAAUUGAAAUCCCACAAUUUAUUGGUCGCAGUUACCUCACAUAUGACAAUCCGGAUAUCCUGAAAAGGGUAUCAGGAUCAAGAACGAACGUGUUCAUGAGGUUUAAAACCACAAUGAAGGAAGGCCUCUUGAUGUGGAGAGGAGACAGUCCCAUGAGGCCCAACAGUGAUUUCAUUUCUCUCGGCAUCCAAGAAGGAGCACUAAUAUUCAGCUACAAUUUGGGCAGCGGCAUUGCUUCCAUCACAGUGAACGGCUCUUUCAGCGAUGGACGAUGGCACAGAGUCAAGGCUGUUCGGGAUGGACAGUCUGGCAAAGUAACUGUGGAUGAUUACGGUGCCAGGACUGGUAAAUCCCCUGGAAAGAUGAGGCAGUUGAACAUCAAUGGAGAUCUCUAUGUAGGUGGCAUGAAGGAAAUAGCCCUGCACACCAACCGGCAGUACCUGCGGGGCCUGGUGGGAUGCAUCUCCCACCUCACGCUUUCCACUGAUUACCACAUCUCGCUGGUGGAGGAUGCCGCUGACGGGAAGAACAUCAACACCUGUGGGACCAAGUGA